AUGAAGACCUUCCUGACCCCUCGGAAGUACAUCGCGGACUUGGACUCGAAGAAAGCCAUCAUUCCUGGUGAUGGCAACGUUCCUGUAUCGUUCACACAUACUCUGGACGUGGCCCGGUUUGUGGUCGCCAGUCUGUCACUUCCGCAGUGGCCCAGCCGCCUGUACAUGUCCGGAGACUACCUCACCUGGAACGAGUUCAUUGAUAUUGCGGAAAAGGCAUCGGGCACCAAAUUCGAGCGAGAGCACAACGACCUUGAGGAUCUCAAAUCCGGAGACAUCACCCGCUUCUAA